CUCCUUCGCCUUUCCCUUCAUUUUUGCACUCGCCACCUCAUGUUUAUUCCUCCACAUUCCCCCAUAUCUGAAAAGCGGAUGCUCAUUGUCGCCAUCUGGACGUCAGCCGCUGACUUCUCGCCAGCAUUUACUGGUGCAGAUGAAGACCCAUUUCUUAGUUUCGUCGAUUUGGCACCGGAUUAGGGCAUCUCGGGGGCGUUGGCAGAGGGAGCAGGGUUUGCUGUGGGAGUUUGGUGGCGUGAUCUCUUUUGUGGGAGGAGAGGUUGAUUCUUCAUGUGGUGCUAAUGAGGAGGAGGCUUCCUGAGUC